CCGACGCAACGGAGAAAUGACGCGCGUCAAUGCAUUUUCAUGAGCAAUUAUGCCGUCCAUGAAAAUUCAGCCAGAGAGUGCUUAGUUUUCAACAUAUCUUCAGUCAACGUUGUGUGCGUCGUCUAGAAAGAAUAUUUUAUCCACGUUUAACGAUGGCCUCCCGUAAAUAUUUUCAAAUUUGAAACGGCUCUGAUCGUCAAACACGUCCAUCUGUCGAUUCAAGGUUAUGGUGAAAGUCAUUUGUGUCUUUAUUCAAUUUAACCGACGUUUUGUGCGCUUCCAAUAAGAUUUUCGGAUUAUGGAGUUCAGGGGGAAUUCCAAUAACGGUACGGAGACGAAUUUAAUUGACGUUACGAUUUUCGGCAGCCCGCCACCCCAAGCCUCGUCCACUGUUGAAAGACGGCCCAACUUAACAACUUGGGGAGUACGCCAAGCAGCACAGGAUGAUAACAAAAUCAAGUAUUCUAUUCUGAACGAUACUGACGCAAAACAAAGUACCAUAAACUCAUCACUGGGAAUCCUCGAUAACAUAUCAUCCUUGCUCGAUGAUAGCGGUGUUAUGGAAGAAAAAAAGAAUUCCAGCAUUUCCAAUACAAUAGAAAUUGAACGACAACUCGCUCGAAAGUUACUCCAACGAUGUAGUGCACCGAGAGAAGCCACUUUAACAUCAGACUGGGAUAAAGAAAAUGAUGGGAAUAUUCAAAACCUAACAAAAGAUAAUACUCCCUCCACUUUAAUGGACUCAGGGCAACAGAGUUUACUUAAUAACAGUGAUACACUUGAAGAAAAGCCAGAAGCUAAUCAGAUAAUUUUCAAGCCAAAUGAAAUAUCCGCACGUUCCUCAGUGCUGAAGAAUAGUUUUGAUAAGAGCAUUGGAUCAUCUACCUCACCAAAGAGCAGAGAUGAAAUUAGUUUUGAUACAUCCGCUGCUGCGGAACUUAUUGCUCAGUUUGGAGAUGAAGAUUUCCAAUCUGGCUCGAGAGUUGAAAGUCGAAUGGCAGCAGAUGAAUUGUCAUGGAAUCAAAACUAUCCCUACGCUAUGCCAACGAAUAUUUUAAACAGCGGUGAAAAGGAAAGAUUAGAGUUAUCUUGUUUUUCGGGAGUCGUUGGAAAUUUUGAUUUGUCUUCAACAUCUUCUACUGGCCGGAGAGUUUCAGUUGGUGAAUUUUUUCAGCGUAAAUGUGGUACUAUUGGGCAACUCCAGGAAACUGAUUCGGUAUCAAGACCCAGCUUUGGUGAAACAAUUAAGAGUCCAAUAAAGCAUCGACCUCUAGUGCCAUUAGUGGAGAAAACAGCAAUGACAGCAGAUUCAAGUCUGAGAGAAGUGAAUAAGGAAGCUAUGGAAUCUGUGAAUUGUACGAACCAACACAGUUUGAUGAGUUUGAGUAGUAUUGCACAAGCGCUUUCUGAUGUUGAGAAUGGUUCUCCACGCCGUUUGGUGGACGCACUUAUUGAAGCCAAAAGAAGAAAAAAUCUUCCUCCGUCUCAGCUACUCAAUGAGUCAACAAGCAAAAACAGGGAUACUUUUACUUGCCCCCCUCACAGUUUACCAUUCAAUUCAUCGGCAAUGUCUGUAAAUGAAAAACCUGAAAGAGACACAAAAAUGAAAGGGCCUAAGUUCCUAUUAGAUUCUCCUAAAUUGUCACUGGAUAGUAAAACUGCACAAGAAUCUCUGACACACAAAUCAAAAUUAACUAGGAUGUCUCUGAAUGUGGGAUUAGGUGCGAUAGAAAGUCACAACAUAAGUGAAACUUACAAUUUUGCGGAAAAGUGCACUGGCGGCCGGAAAAAAACGAGUAGUGCAAAAUUGGAGAAGACUUUCGAUGAACCGAAAGACACGAAUAAGCCUUGCGUUUACCAUUCUAAUGCCACUCGUAAUUUGUUAUCUUGCUUGGAUGACUCAAUAGAUGCUCACAAGCCUAAUCUAAAUUGUCAAAAUUCCAAGCAAAACCCAGAUAUAUCUGGAAAACACUUGUAUGAUGAUCAGGAUUUUUCUCAGACUCCCAAGAAAGGACAAGAUAAGCUUCACAAUUCAAUGACAUUUCAAAAAAUUACAUUGGCGCCACUACGGAGUUCUGCGGGUUUCUUGAAAGGCAUUAAGAGUGAAAAUAAUAAGACAGCAACCCCAGAAUUGAUUUCAAGUUUUAACAGGUCCUUUGAAAAAACUUUGCGCACUGCAAAGACGUCAUCUCUUGAAUGUAAUGCAGAUCCGGAAUCCAGUUACAACAUUUCUCAGUAUAAUCAGAUUGCAAAAACAAAAUCACAGGGGGAUGAUGUAACAGCCAAGAAUACCAAUGAAUUAUGCAGCUGCAUUGUUGGCGUACCAAAAGAAGCUGAAAUUGAAUUAUCGAAUGGUACUGACCGAUGGAUGACCUGUACUCUAAAAUUACAUCAAAUACCAGGAAGCAAGGAAAACAUAGUAUUGAAAAUUCCGCAAGAUACUGUAUUGGUAGCACCCAACGAUGCAAAGCUUGUCAAGAUUGGUGUGACCGUUCGUCAAAUGAGGGAACCUGUGAUAGUGGUGAUCAACAUAGCUGUAUCGGAUGUGGUUACGCGAUCCAAGAAAGUAAUCAAACAUGUCAUGUGUUUUGUACCCGAGGAACCUCAGAUUGAUCUCGUGAUUCAUAAUGGAGAAAAUAAAAUUGAUUUUCAAAUCGUAGCUGAAAAAUGCAGCAAAACAUUCCCCGUCACAUUAGAAAAUAAAAACAAUGCCGAACUUCCCGUAAGAUUAAUUAUUGCCAAGCAUCCUGACCAACCGCAAGUAUUCAGUAUUGAUUGUUCUGCUGAUGAAACUGCGUGUAGUCUCGACGGAAAUGAGAUCAAGUAUAACUUGACUCUUAAACCUCACCAACAAUCCACUGUCAACAUUCAGUUCAAUGGAAUUCCUUUAUCCUCAUUCAAUGUACAAAAGGAUCUCUGUCAUGCAACAGGAAAGCUUUUCGUUCAGCUUCGUACAGAUGAUAGCAAGGGCUUAAUGUUGAGAGAAAUAUCACUGACUGGUUCUAUUGGUGUAUCUAAAAUAGACUUGGUUGAUACGCAAUUACCUAUAGUUGUUCCAAAAAGAGAUAGCAAAUCAAUAGGUCUUGUGAACUCAGGAGUCUUUGCAGUCACGUUAUCCGCCUCACUUGUUGAAAAUGACAAGUCGACCAGUUGUGCAGGUGAUUUUUCGAUCAAACCAAACACCCUGUGCCUUCAAGCUGGUGAAAAGGGCGUUAUCCUCGUUACUCAUAAAUCCCGGAUGAUCGAGUCCAGCGAAAGCAGACAAGUGUUCGUCAAAGUAAUCGCAGGUGGCAACGAAUAUUACUAUCCAGUAACGGGGAAUAGUAGCCACCUUUGUGAGCAACUAUCUCCAAACAACAUGCAGCGCUGUACGACACCACUAUCUGAAGAAAGAAAAUCGAAAUCUCCUACAUCGCCACAAAGUUCAGAAUCUAACCGCUCUGGUAAUUGUGGACGGCAUUCACCCUACAGCGCGGGGUCAACUUCGACGGUCUCAGGGGAUGUAAUUCCACUUCAGUCGACGCAUGCAGCACUGGUAUGGAGCAGUAUUAAAACCGGAAAGUCGGAUAUCAAGGAGUUUACAGUUUUGAACAAGAGUGAUAAUAAACUCAGACUUCAAGUCAGUAUUGUUGAUAACAACAAAAGUUUCAAAUUUCUCAAGGAUCGUCACACAGUUGGGACAAAUAUGGUAUUAGCUUUGCAGCGCAUGACAAGCAAAGUAAUAUCUGUUCAAUUUAGCCCAAGUAAUCCCGGAGCAUGUGCUGGAAAAAUAAUAUUCUCCCAUUACAGUAGUGGAAAAGAACAGGAAGAAUCUUCACAACGAAAAACAAUAUUUUUGUAUGGCUACGGUGGUGUUGGGAAAGUUGAAAUUUCAGAAGCAUUUAAAGACACCGGCGGGCUGAUGUGGCUUUCCCUUGGUUAUAUGAAUACAGUUGGGAAUUUAAGUGCAAAAAUCAAACUGCAAAAUACGGGAAAUUUAUGUUCGUAUGCCGUUAUCAAGCUGAUACCAAAAGCUUUGUACCCGGAAAUGAUAUCCAGCUGGCACGUGACUCCUUCGGAGUUGUUACUAGGGCCGGGCGAGGUUCAGUGGAUAAAAUUAGAGUUUCAUCCAAGACGAGAAGACCUCGCUUUAAUACGGCGUGCAGACAUAUCUCAAAUAAUUGGAACGCUGUCUAUUACACACGGAGAUGAACCAACAAGAUGGCGUAUUCGAAGGCUGUAUAAAAAAUUGAAAGAAUCCGGUAAAUUCAGAGGACAAGAUGACGAUAUAUUUAAAAAUAUUGUUUAUCCAUUGUGCAGAGUAUUUCCAGGAGAGGCAUUGAUACAAGAUUUGGGCCUCAUCAAAGACACAGUUCAACAUCUUGGUGAUCUCUGUCGUGGUGUCUAUCAGCAUCAAGUGAUGUUGACGAUGGAAGUUAACGCGGAUGACACGUUGACAGUGUUGAACGACAACGCUGAUGACACACAGACGUUUAAUUCUAUCUGCAGUGAUAGCAGUAGUGUAUUCACUGCUGGAUGCAAUAGUUACAUGCUAUCAGAGACAAUAGUAGAUGGAAAUGGGAGAGAAAUUUCUGAAAAUGAUUUUACAGUGACACCGGGAGUUGUAAACUUGACACCACCCUUCAGAACUGAAGCAACCGUAACGAUUUCCAGCUUGUGUAGCGUCGCGCAGCCAUUUGAAACAGUUUUGUCCCACAGUGAAGGUGUAAGCAUUGUACCCACGGAAGGCAUGAUUCCAGCCAGGAGAAGUUUCCAAUUAAAAGUGCAAUGCAGUAAGCAAAUAAAGAAAAACACAGAAGCCGUACUUCAGAUAUUUAUGGAAAAUCAUAAACAAUCGGUUUUAAUUAUGAUAUCGUCCAGCAAUUGAAAGUAUCCAAUUUUAGUAUUAACACCAUUAUUUGCGCACGUACUUAAAAUAAUUUUUGACUGAAUUUUUUUACUAUACAUAUAUUAUACAUUCCUGUACGGUCGUAACAUAUUAACGACUAGUGGUGAAUAUGUCAUAGCUAAUAUUGAUGUAACCAGUAAAUUGUGCAUGAAAACUU